AUGGCCUUUACGGUUGGCUGGGAUGAGGUCACCUCCAUUGGUCACCCCACACCCCUGCCCCGGCCUUCCUCAGUGCUCCUCCUCCCCUUUGCUUCUUGCAGAGAUUUUGACUCACUUUCCAAGGACAAUGUCUUCGAGAAUAACCGUUUGGCCUUUGAAGUGGCUGAGAAGGAGCUGGGGAUCCCUGCCCUCCUGGACCCCAAUGACAUGGUCUCCAUGAGUGUCCCCGACUGCCUCAGUAUCAUGACCUACGUGUCCCAGUAUUACAACCACUUUGCAAGCCCCGGUCAAGCUGGUGUCUCACCCGCUAGAAAGGGCCUGGCAUCGUCCUCCCCACCAUCUGAAGGGCCCACCCCGACGGAACCAGGAGACAGGGCUCAGGGCGAGGAGCGCUCCUCGGGCAGCCUGUCGGAGCAAGGCGCCCAUCGGACGCCCAGCAGCACGUGCGCGGCCUGCCAGCAGCAUGUGCACCUGGUGCAGCGCUACCUGGCUGACGGCAAGCUGUACCACCGGCACUGCUUCCGGUGUCGACGGUGCUCCAGCACCCUGCUCCCCGGAGCGUACAAGAAUGGGCCAGAGGAGGGCACCUUUGUGUGUGCAGAGCACUGCGCUAGGCUGGGCCCAGGUGGGCGGUCGGUGGUCAGGCCCGGACCCCCCCCGCAGCCAAAGCAGCAGCAUCUUCCAGAAGAAGCCAAGGAUCUGGAGGGAGGCGGCCCCAGCCCUAGUGUGGCUGCAGGGGCUGAGGUGGACCUGCCCAAGGCCAGCCCAGAAACCCGGCCCCAGAUCCCCACCAAGCCCCGUGUUCCUGGCAAACCACAAGAGCUGGCCAACCCCCCGGCCGGCCGCCCCACACCUGCUCCCAGGAAGGCCUCCGAGAGCACAGCCCCGACGCCCCCCACGCCCCGGCCCCGGUCAAGUCUGCAGCAUGAGAACCUGGUGGAGCAGGGAGGCAGCGGCGGCCUGGUGAACGGGAGGCUGCAUGAACCCCCCGUCCCCAAGCCCAGAGGGACGCCCAAGCUGUCAGAGAGGUCGCCAGCCCCCAGGAAGGACCCCCCGUGGAUCACGCUGGUGCAGGCAGAGCCAAAGAAGAAGCCAGCGCCCCCGCCCCCGAGCAGCAGCCCCGGGCCGCCGCCAGGCCGGGACAGCAGGCAGGUGGAGAACGGAGGUGUGGACGAGGUGGCUGCAAGGGGCUCAGAGGCGGCUGGCCCGGAGCCCAAACCCUACAACCCCUUUGAGGAGGAGGAGGAAGAGCCCUCAGCUGCACCCAGUGUGGCCACUGGCCCUGCCCUGGCUCACCCGGAGUCCACACCCAAGUCCCUACACCCCUGGUAUGGCAUCACCCCGACCAGCAGCCCAAAGACAAAGAAGCGCCCGGCCCCCCGAGCACCCAGUGCGUCCCCCCUCGCUCUCCACGCCUCCCGCCUGUCACACUCGGAGCCACCCUCGGCCACCCCGUCGCCAGCCCUCAGCGUGGAGAGCCUGUCGUCCGAGGGCUCCAGCCAGCCCCCCAGUGGGGAGCUUCUAGAGCCGCCAGUUGUGCCCAAGAGCUCCUCAGAGCCUGCUGUCCAUGCCCCUGGCGCCCCUGGGACCUCUGCCAGCCUCUCCACCAACUCCUCCCUGUCUUCCUCUGGGGAGCUGGUGCAGCCCAGUGUGGACCGGACACCUCAAGCCAGCCCUGGCCUUGCCCCCAGUACUGGGGGCAGCCCGGGUCCCCCGCCAGCCAAGCCCUGCAGUGGCGCUGCCCCCACCCCUCUCCUGCUGGUUGGAGACAAGAGCCCUGCACCUUCCCCUGGAACCUCGUCCCCACAGCUCCAGGUAAAGUCUUCCUGUAAGGAAAAUCCUUUUAACCGGAAGGCAUCACCCACAGCAUCCCCAACCAUAAAGAAGGCCACCAAGGGCUCGAAGCCAGCGAGACCGCCUGCCCCAGGACACGGCUUCCCGCUCAUCAAACGCAAGGUCCAGGCUGACCAGUACAUCCCCGAGGAGGACAUCCACGGAGAGAUGGACACCAUCGAGCGCCAGCUGGAUGCCCUGGAACACCGUGGGGUCAUGCUGGAGGAGAAGCUGCGUGGGGGAGUGAACGAGGGCCGUGAGGAUGACUUGCUGGUGGACUGGUUCAAGCUCAUCCACGAGAAGCAUCUGCUGGUCCGGCGGGAGUCCGAGCUCAUCUAUGUCUUCAAGCAACAGAACCUGGAGCAGCGCCAGGCCGAUGUGGAGUAUGAGCUCCGGUGCCUCCUCAACAAGCCAGAAAAGGAUUGGACAGAGGAGGACCGGGGCCGAGAGAAGGUGCUGAUGCAGGAGCUCGUGACCCUCAUCGAGCAGCGCAACGCCAUCGUCAACUGCCUAGAUGAGGACCGGCAGAGGGAGGAAGAGGAAGAUAAGAUGUUAGAAGCCAUGAUCAAGAAGAAAGAGUUCCAGAAAGAGGUUGAACCCGAGGGCAAGAAGAAGGGCAAGUUCAAGACCAUGAAGGUGCUGAAGCUGCUGGGAAACAAGCGGGACCCCAAGAGCAAGUCCCCUGGGGACAAGAGCUGACAGCAUGCCGCCAGCUGGGGGCCCCACCCCUCCUGGCUUGGCCCUGGGCUGUGCUCUGCUGGGAGCACCCCGCUGCCUUCAGGAUCAGCUGAGAGGAAAGAUGACUUAAGGGAAGGGGGCUUCUUGGUGACAGCCUCUCCCUCCUCAGGGUCCUCUGCCUGGUCUGGGCCAAAGAGUUUUCUUCCCUCUCCUCUGAGCCCCAGGCGGCUUCAGUUGCGCCCAGCCUGGUUCUGACGACUCCAGAUGCUGUGACCAUCCCCAGGAGCAAGCCGGAUCCGGGCCCGGGUCUGGAUUUGGGUCUGGGAGCGGCAGCCGCUGAGCACACCCGCCCCUCGUCCCGCUCAGCCUCUGCCGAGCCGGGUAGCUCCUUGGACCCUCUUCUCUUUGUGCCACAUCCAGAUGGCAGCCUUACCUGUCAGAGUCUUUGGGUCUGUCUUUUGGGCCGAUGGUAGCCCUCCGGCUUGGGUGUCUUGCCUCAUGGGCUCUCCCCUCUCGGCAGGCCGGUGAGCAGGGCUCGGCUGCACUGGCUUCUUCCCGCCCUGGUCCUGGUUCUGAAACUUCCUUUCAAUGCGGGCGGCCCUGACUCCGUUUCUCCUCACUCAGGAGCUCUAUUUAUGAAGUCUCUUAAUUAAGUUGGAGGUAGUUACUGUGUUCUCAGAUGCGAAUGGGCCUGAUGGACAAAUCCCUUCCUCUGUUCCUGGAAGUUCUAGGAGGUUCUUCCCUCAUCUCCCCUUGUUCUGCAGGAAAUCUCACUUCCCAGGACGUGGGGCUCUGAUGGCCGUGCUGGGGUGGGUGGGUGCCAGGAUGCUGAGUCCCCCAGGAUGGGCCUUGGGGAGUUCUGAUCCCUGACCCUCAGCCAGAUCAGCAGCAGGGGUGUGCUGCCCGUAGGUGCUAAUCCUGGUCCUGUACCACACGGUAGCCUGGCCCUCCUGUCCGCCCUUCCCCACCACCCCAGGGCUGGGGCAUGGUGCACCCACUCUGGGUGGUCAUUGCUAGUGUGUCUCCUCAUGUUCGUCUGUUGUCCGUUCUCUCCCACCGAAGGACUGACGGCUGCUCACUCCUUGGGAUGGCUGUGGGAGAGGAGCCGCGGGUGGGGACCACCACCGUACCCCCGGGAAUGUGCCCAACAGCUCUUGGUCAAAGCACUGUUGCUCUAAGCUAUGUCUGGGGUGUGUCUAGGGCCCCUUGCCCUCAGCACACCUCUUGUGGAAAGAUCGCACUGUAUUAACUUGAGAGGGUUUUCCUCACUGACAAUAAACAGAGACCACCUCUAA